GCAGCAGCAGCACCAGCCACAGCAGCAGUAGCAGCACCAGCAGCCGAGUGUCUCAAUCGUGCAUUUACCCGCUGCUGCUGUGAAAAUUUCUGCAAUCAUUUAACAAUCAUUCGGUGUGUCGAUCAGACCCGCGCGGCACAGUGUCUCAUUGUCAGCCACGUUUUCGCCGUUGUUAUUGGUGUUGCUAUUGUUAUUGUUGCCAUUGUUGAUCACAUUAUUAUUGUAAUUGUUAUUGUUUACGACAGCUAGUCAAUAGUAGAAGUGGUAGUAGUUAAUAAUAGAAGUGGCGUUGUGAGUCGUAAUGUUAUACGCGAUGAUAUGUUAAUGCUGGAGACUGAAGGUAGAUCACUGGAUGUAUACAUUGGGACGGUAACCAAUCGAUAACUGUUCAGUGGAUUGUCGAUAUCGCACAUGACGAAUCAUAGUGAAAGAAGUUCUUGCGGUACUCGCCCUUGUCAGUUGGAAUAAUGUGAAAUGUGAAUAAGUGAAUUUUUUUACAACUCGGCAAACAUUCCCAUCAGCAGUAUUCAAGAGGGAGGACUAACAUUAAGAUGUGGCCAACUGGUGGGAGAUUAGUGAAAGAGGAUAAAAGUUCCACUGGCGGAUGAACCUGAAAAGCGACUGAUCGUCAAGCAUAGAUUGACAUUCAGGUUAAAGUUAAUCUCAUGCUGAACGACAGAAAGUUUGAUGAUGAAGCGGGUGCCGACCCAGAUCGCAACGGAAAUGGAGUUCCAACUUCGAUUUAUACUCAGGUCCCUCAUCUUGAGUCAACGAUGGACUCCUUCACAUACGACCCAUCGCUUGUCACAGUUGGAAAUAUGUCGAACCUUGGGAACCUUGGUAGCUUGGGCAAUAAAGAAGUUCGUUAUGCUUCAUUUUCAACAGUUCCAGCUUCGCUACCAUCGAUGCUUCCGCCGCCGUUGCCACCACCUCCACCACCUCUUCCUCUUCACAUGCAACAACGCAUUUAUUCGCGUUCCAUGACAUCCUUACCACCGGAGCCUUUCAUGCUGAUGCGUUCGAAAGCUUUGAACAGAAGAGUCUGCAUUAAUGUCGGUGGUGUUAAACACGAGGUCCUUUGGCGUACUUUGGAAAGACUGCCUCACACUCGUCUCGGACGUCUCCGAGACUGCAAUACUCACGAAGCAAUAACUGAGCUUUGUGACGAUUACUCGCUUAUAGACAACGAAUUUUUUUUCGAUCGACAUCCCAAGUCGUUUAGCUCAAUAUUAAAUUUCUACAGGACUGGGAAACUCCAUUUAGUUGACGAGAUGUGCGUUCUAGCAUUCAGCGACGACUUAGAGUACUGGGGUAUCGACGAGCUCUAUCUCGAAAGCUGCUGCCAGCACAAAUAUCACCAACGAAAGGAGCACGUCCACGAGGAGAUGAGAAAGGAGGCCGAGUCUCUUCGGCAACGAGAGGAGGAGGAAUUCGGGGAAGGAAAAUGUGCGCAAUAUCAAAAAUGUCUCUGGGACCUUCUCGAAAAACCAACAACCUCUAUAGCCGCCAGGGUGAUAGCUGUGAUAUCAAUACUCUUUAUUGUGCUAUCAACCAUCGCAUUAACUCUCAACACCAUUCCUAGUAUGCAAGUGAAUGACGAAAAAGGAAACUUUCAAGACAAUCCACAACUUGCUAUGGUGGAAGCGGUUUGCAUCACUUGGUUUACACUUGAGUAUGUACUUAGGUUCAGUGCCUCCCCAGACAAGUGGAAGUUCUUUAAGGGAGGCCUAAACGUAAUAGACCUUCUCGCAAUACUUCCUUACUUCGUGUCUCUAUUCCUCGUCGAAACAAACAAGAACGCAACGGACCAAUUCCAGGAUGUGCGUCGUGUAGUUCAGAUAUUUCGUAUAAUGCGCAUUUUGAGGAUACUGAAGCUUGCACGCCAUUCCACCGGGCUCCAAAGCUUGGGCUUUACGUUACGUAAUUCAUACAAAGAGCUCGGCCUGUUGAUGCUAUUUCUCGCAAUGGGCGUCUUGAUAUUCUCAAGUCUCGCUUAUUUUGCUGAAAAGGAAGAACCUGGAACUAAAUUCAUAAGCAUUCCCGAGACAUUUUGGUGGGCAGGAAUCACCAUGACAACUGUAGGCUAUGGAGAUAUUUACCCAACUACUCCCCUCGGCAAAGUGAUUGGAAGUGUGUGUUGUAUAUGUGGUGUCCUGGUAAUUGCGUUACCCAUUCCAAUUAUCGUCAAUAAUUUUGCCGAGUUCUACAAGAAUCAGAUGAGACGCGAAAAAGCACUGAAGCGCCGAGAGGCUUUGGAGAGGGCGAAGCGAGAAGGAAGCAUUGUUUCCUUCCACCACAUCAACCUGAGGGACGCCUUCGCUAAGAGUAUAGAUCUCAUCGACGUCAUCGCUGAUACGGGUCAGAACAUGUCGGGAAUAGAUGGGAACAGCACGGAAGGCGAAUCCGCGUGUGGACGAGGUCCUGCGCAGACUGGCCCGGGAUGCUACCGUAACUACGAGCAUUGCAGCAUAUCUACUCAUCGCCGAAGCGCCUCAACGUGCUUGCCAACAUUGCCGAAUGAUCUGUCAACCCCGGAGAGUCCAAACCAUCGUCUGCUUGACUUUGCCACCAGUUCAUCGCCUAAUCGGAACGAUCACUAUUUUCAAGAUGAUAUUCCAAUUCAGCCAUCAACUCAAGGGAAUACCACUCCUAGUGAUGAAGAGAAGAAGGAUUCCAGAAAAUUUGACAAAAUCGAAGAACUGCCUAGUGAAUUCGAAUGCUGUUUUUGUACUACUAAGGAGUAUAAGGAUUUUAGAGAUGCUGAGAAUCUCAUGCCUUUGGCUACAAGUGAUUUCCGGAAUCCAGUUUGCCAGGAACUGAGAGCCCUGAGAGACAGCAAUGCAGAAUCAAACAGUUUCGGAUACAAUCAGAAUUCACCAAAUCAAGACAAUUGCUCGAAUUCAUGUUUUAAAAAUAAUAACGAGUCAUGCAGCGCGGACAGCACGGAUACCUUUGCCAGUUGCCACACGCAUUUUUUCAAUUCUCAAGGUGACCUCACGGAGGAAGGUGAUAGUAACUUGUACAUCAACCCGCUGGAAAGUACAGACAAGUGCAACAGCUGUCAUCGUCAACAGUCGACUUCAACGAAUACGACGAAGUCGACGGCAACGGGUGUUCUGCUACACAUAUCCAAUGUACAAUCCGCCGAGCAGCCCGCGCAGAAAUUAGAUCCGCCGAAUGAAGAUGGUACAGAAAAUUUCCACGAUACUUCUUUACCGAAGCACAAGAAAACUCGGAUUCAACAAAGCGGAAGGCAACGCACCCAUUUUGGCGUUAAUCCUGAUUCUUUAUCAAGUAUCGGUGGAGUCUCGACGGAAAAUACUGUCACAGGAGAUAAUAAUAACCAAUACGGACUGAUCGACAGCCUCAGAAAUGGCAUGCUGACACCAGCAGAUUACUUUGCCUCUCCAUCCCGAGUGAUUAACCAUCAUUUGUUUGGAAAUGUUGGUGGCUUGAAACAUGCCUACUCUGGAAAAUCUAUUGGAAGUAAGCUGUCCUUAUCCAGUAACUCGAUAGAUAGUGAAACAAUGCCGUUCUUAGACCGACACCGUGUUUCAAAAUCGAUUCUAAAAAAAUCAGAUAUCAGUAAUGUUCGAUACAACAACGGCUGGGACUCGGAUAAAGAAAAACUGAUAUCAGAAAAUACGUCUGCUACCAGCGUGUAUGACAGCGAAGGUGAUAUUCGGGCAGAUGCGUUGCUGAUAAAAGGUCCAGUCCUCAAGCUGUCGCAAUCAUCCGAACAACAAUCUUCUGGGAUAACUUUCCAGGCGAAGAAUGAAAGCAAUCGAAACGACGUCACAGAUCAUAUCAGUACAAGAAACUGUACAGUUGCAUUAUCCAAAUCUCUUUUUCGCUCACAUGAAGAUGCACGAGACGAAAUGGUCACAGAUAACAAAGUCAAAGAGUGUAACGACGAUCAUACUCAAGAGGAUUACAAAAAGAGCAAAAGUUCGACAGGGAAAAGUGAACACAAUUCUCUGCUCAUUUGUCCACCGCAGUCGUAUGAUGAAAGUAUUAGGGAAAAUAGCAUCUAUCGUGAAAGGAAGAAGCCGGCACUGAAUAAACCAAACGCGAAUCAAACCACCGCUACCCGUUUGAGCACAAAUUCAAACUGUUAUAAGUUCUCUUCGUAGCAGAGAAGUCGUUACGUAUAUGUGUAAUAAACAAUGGAAUUAAUGUAUACAAGGGAGACUGGAAGUUCUGGUAUCUCCUUAAGGCAAGACCCUAGUGAAAUUUGAAAGUUCGAUUUUCUAGCAUUUUAAGUGGAUAAAUCCGUAAGACUUGGGUAAAAUAUGGUUGCGACAUCAGUGCUAUUAUUUUUA